CACGCCAUCAACCUCUUACUAGAGUUUCCACAUUUUAUCGCAAGUGUGUGUAUGGAAGGCAACAAACACACGUGUGGUUGUUGUGGACUGUGUGAUAAGUUAAUGAAUUUCUAAUACGGCAAAAAUGGUGAAACAAAGUGGAAAAGACAGCAAAAUAAAAAUGCACCCUCCUGUGGUUAAUUCUAAUGGCCAGUGUGAACUCAGACCACCAGCGUUUUUGAGCAAUGAUGAUGAAGAUGAAGACCCCAAUGAAUUUCCUGGUGUCGUUGAUUUGAACACUGUGUAUGCUAAUAUGUCCAACACUGAGUUUGGUCCAGGUACCAUUAAUUCAGAUGAUGAGUAUGCAGAAGACAGUGAUGAGGAUAACCUCAAGAUUGCAGAUGUAGAAGGUGCCACAGACUUCUUCGCAGGUUUCAAGACCAAUUACAAGUACAGUGAUACAUGGGAUACAAUUAUCAGUUAUCUAAAACCCAAGACAACUGUAGAUGUAAAAAGUACUGUUGCCAAGGUCGUACAACGAGAGAAGGAGGAAAAGAAGAUAAGGAAGCAGGCAAAAAAGGACAAUAAUAUAGAAGAUGAAGGUUCCAGCUCAGAUUCAGAUCUAGACAUAGGAGGUGAUAAUGAAUAUGACCUGGAUAUUGACAAGUUGAGACUAAAGGACAGUGAAGCCAGACGAAUGGAGAGGCUGAAGACAUCACAAAAGAAGGAAAAAAAAACUCCAGAGGAGAUUGAGUAUGAGUAUGAGUAUGAUGAGGUCUUAGAAUCCAGCAGCAGCAUAAUGUUGAUGGAAGUAUUCAAGUGA